CGGUGCUGUUUCAUUAAUCAUUAUUACGCAAUUUCCUCCGAUUCAACGGAAAAUUAAGAAAGAAGUCACUCGGCCUUUUCCCAUCGACCUUAACCCACCCAAAUCCCAAUACCCAUCUCUGCCAGUCCUUCCACCACACCCCGGCUGCCGUCGCGGAGGCGCCGUCGAUGUUUACAUUUUAGUUCCAACUUACAAGUUCCACGCUUCCUUUCAGAUCUCCAAUAUCCAACCGCAAUUCCAGACUUCCCGCCUGGAUGUCCCGAGUCUGAAAUCUGCUGAUUCCGUAGCAUCAAUCGAAGGAGAAGAAGGCCUCAGCAUCGCCAGUCUUCAUCAACUGCUCAAUUAUAUCAGUUAGGAAGGUCAUGGUUGUAGAAACCGGAAGGAAGAAGAUGAAGAGCUUCAACGGCAUGCUAGCCAUGAUUUGUAGCUCUUUCCUUGGGGUCUGUGCAUUCACCUUCAUUGCUGGAUACCCAAUUCCAACAUUUGGGAGAAUAGAGGUUGCCAGCAAUGUAUUGAUUCCUGGAAAUGAACUGUGGAGGGAGACUCUUUCCUUGCAGGGAGGUUCUCGUCUGUAUGAACUGCGGGACUUGAAAUCGAACACUUGGUAUGAAGUGAAGAUAUCUUAUCCGGCUUCUAUACCUGCUAGCUUCACUUUACAACUGAAGAAAGAUGCUUCUGAUUUGGGAAUGAACUGGAAUCGAAGAUUACUAAACACAGAGAAAUUAAUUUUUAAGACUGAUGAGUUUAGUGGCACACAGAACCUGUUGUAUGUAUCGGUAACUGUAGAGCCGGAGGGGGUGGUUGCAAUACGUAAUGUACCAGAGAGGGAAACAAUCAUCUUCAACAUAGUAUGCGAUGAAUUGUUGCUGGGUAUCCCACACAAGGCUUGGUGGGUGGGAGUGUUGGUGUUGCUAUGUUUAGUGGCUGCAUUCAUCAUUCCUCGUUUGCUCCCAACACUCGUGCUGCCUGAAAAAGGAAGCUCCAGAUCAUCAUCAUACGAAGGUGUUGCCAAAGAAUCUUAGGAGUAGGAAGGUUUCAGAACCGAUUCAGCAGCAGGGAGGGGAUGUUGGGUUGUCGAAGCUCCUUCUAUGGUCAUCAUGGAAGCUUUUAGGUUUUGAUUGUCAUUGACUCAUUGUUAGCAUUUUUGUGCAGAACAGGAGAAAGGAAGGAGUGUCAGCCUUCUCCAUGGUUGAAAUGAGGGAGGAUCGGUAUCGUAUUCAAGGUGGUGGAGUUGUGAAAGUUUUGUUGCUGCACUCUUGCAAGUCAGGGAGACAUAACUAAAUAUAUCGAGUAUGUUGUAUUAAUAGUCCAAGUACUUCAUAGGACCCAAUAUGAAUCAAAUGAGGGAAAAUGUCAUGGAACGAAUGAAAAAUAUUAAAAGUGUAAUAAAACUGUAUCAGUUCGAGAUGGCUUAUUGCUAAAUUCCUAACUAUCAUACGCUC